UUGUCCAUCUGCAAGAAUAUCAAAGUUUUUUGAAAUAUACUAUUUUAUCUAUGAUGAAACAAAAAUUAAUACCCAAGCUGCAAAUGAUCUUAUAGAAGAUUUAAUUGAAAAUAAUUUAUUUGGAAAUGAGGCAAUUGUUAAACAUGCUCAGAACUUUUCACAAGCAUGGACAAACAAUCCAAAAAAUAUAUAUGUUGUUCGUAAUACAGAUGGUGCAGACAAAUCAAAUCUGGUUCAAAAGCUAUUUUGGUCAGAGUUGUAUCCUAAAUCUAAAAAGCAAAAAAAUAGAUCUUCUUGGUGGGAUGGUUAUCAGAAAACUGGUGAAAUUAAAGGGAAGUCAUUUGUUCUAUUUUUAGCUAAAUAUAUUUUCAUGACUUCUUGUAAACCUGCAGAAAAAGCUUUUAAUUUUGGUCAAAGAAAUAUAGAUGAUAAAACAUCUACACAAUGUUCAGAAUCUGAUUUUUGUGGUAUACUUUGGGAUCUCAAAUAUGACAAAUGUAAGUAUACUACUAAAAAACUUAAAAAAAUUGUUCAAGAACUUAACAAAAAUGAACUAGAAGAAGUUAUAAUCAAAGAUAAUCAAGUUUAUUGGUGUCAAAUUUUUCCUGAAUAUAAAAAAUAUUAUUUACAAGAUUAUUCAUAUUGCAAAGAAUUAUCUGAUUAUAAACAACAAGUACAUAUAAAAGUUGAAUCAGAUGAUGAAAUAGAACUUGAUUAUGAUUCAGGUUCAUUACAAUUAAAAGAUCAAUAUUUUGAAAUUGAUAAUGAUAUAGAAAUUGAAUUAUCUAAACCUGAUUCUGAUAACAGUGAAUAUACUUUUUAA